ACCUAUAUUACAAGUAUCUGACCUGACAGAUGAUUCGGAACCCCCUCGCACCUUGUACGAAGGAGCUCUGUCCUUACGUACGCGUUAUCAGCAAAUGGAACAAUAUUUGGAUGUUUCUGUUUUCCCGCCCAGAACGUUACUAACGCCAGGAGCCACCAUCAUUUUGAUUAAACAAGAGGCGGAAGCACCAGUAAGUGACGUACCUGAUCUGAUGCAGGAAAUGACGGAUCUAGCGGGGCUAACUGUGGAACCGACCUCGGUUGAUUCAGAGACUGAUGCUGAAGCCAAAGAAACAAAGCCAGAGGCAAUUUCGGCGAUCCUUGCCCAGGUGGGACCAAGCGGACUCGAGAGUGUGGUGGAGUACGCCUCCAAAUCGGUGCCAGCUUGCAAGCGCAACUACGACGCUCCGACGGGGGAAUGCGACGCGGCUCUCUGGGGUAUCAGCUACUUCCGCGCUUACCUGUACGGGCGAAAGUUCACCUUGGUAACUGACCAUGAGCCCUUGUUGGCUCUGAAGAAAUCGAAGGAUAACUCUCGCAUGAUCGGGCAAUGGGCAACGGUGCUGCAGAGCAUGGACUUUGACAUCCGUCAUCGAAAGCACGAGAGACACGGGAAUGCGGACGGACUGACACGACUGCACCGGCCUGAGAAGGUUCCGAAGAGUGAGGAGGUGAUUCCGUGGAACGAACCCGAACAAGAGAUCGGACCUUGGUACGGCCAAGUGGAGAUCUUAUCGAAGCAAAUACAGGUGACGUGGACACAGACCAGCGGCCAUCCUGCGUGGAUCGAAAAUCCGGAACUGCUAAUCAUCCAAGCUUGGAGGACUAACGCGGAGGGCAAUCUUCUUGGCUUUCUCUUUGGAUCGGUACAGCCGGGGCGCCGCCAGCUGAUUGCGCAAGAGCUCAUCACACCAAUCGUGCAAUUGGCGGACGAUCUCUCGCCCGACAUCUAUUUUCAUAGUGACGACAGUCCUGCUCCAUACAUUUUCGAGCGAUCAUUGGAUCCGUAUCUUCAGUGGACUGCGUGCUUGGAGGAACCUAGGGACGAGGAUACGCUACCAUCGCGGCAGGAGUAUCUGAAGCUGUACGAUAUCAUCCCUCACGCCUUCUAUCUGAGGGAAGAGGAAGUGGUGAUCGACGACGACGACGAAGAGGAUGAAGACGAGGAAACAUUGGAGGAGGGGAGCUAUAGUGAACAUAGCGAGGGCGAGCUGAGUGAAGGAGAAGAGGAGGAAGAAGAAACAGGAUCUGAGUGGGAAGCCGUGCCGGAGGAGGCAACGCGUACGGAAACGGAGGCGGAAGAUCCGGAAGCGGCGCGAAAGCGCGAAGAAAUUGCCACCGGGAAGCGCCAGCUGGAGUUCGCCAGCAAAGCUAGCCUGCUCAUCGGUAACGAUCCGACUAGGGAUCCAGAGCUACCGAAGCCCGAAGAUGGCGACCUUGCAGCCGCCACCUCAAGUACCGCUCGACGGAGACGGAGUCGAUCCCCCUCCUCCUCCAGCCCAACCCGUCCCCCAGUUCGCCCACGUACCGAUGCGGGCGAUAGGCCUUCGUCCUUGGACGCUGUCCCGCCAACCCCUUGAUUUCCUCACCCUCGAGCAGAUCCGUACUCCCGUCACCUUCCCUUCCCAUCCCUUCCUUCUUCAUCUCUUCCGCGACUUCUAUUCUACCCGCCUACUCGCCACCGUCCACCCCCACGCCUCCCUUCAAUCCGCUGCCCCCACGUU